UCCGUCUGCAUACGCGCACUUGCCACCACACGAACAACCCCUGCCAGACAUGUCAGAUGAUGAUGAGGAGGAAGCACGGUCACGUACCGUGGCACUGGGAUGGAGGCUGAAGAAGGUUGGCAUGGAGAGGACAGCCGACAAGUGUGGGAAUAAAUGGGACAACUAUCAGCAACAGUUCAAGAAGGUGCACUUGUUCCGGGGGAGUCCGGGAAGCAGGACUUCUUUCAAUUGACGGGGAGGGAGAUGUCUGCUCGUGGCUUCAAUUUCACCAUGGAUCGAGCUGUGUAUGAGGAGAUCAAGGGUUCCACCGCAAAGAGUCACACCAUAGACCCGAAGAAUGUAGCCGAUACAGGCGGUUCCGGUGGUGCGCAGCUGCCAUCCGGGUUUGCAGGCAGCCCUAAAUCUGUCGGCGGUGGGGACGCGAGUGGCGACGACAAUGACGAAGAGGACAGCUCAACGAAAGGGUCUUCACCAACGACGGGCAGCAGUGGCGGUUUCGGGAAGAGGAAGAACAUUAAGCAACAAACUUUCGAAGCUCUUACGGAAUGCAUGGAGAAGCACGGGACGCUAAUGGCGCCGACAAUGGAGAGCGCUAGCAAGAGGCAGUGUUCCAUUCAAAUUCGACAAUGCGAAGCCAUGGACGCGGAGGUGGAAGUGCAAAGAAAGCUCUACUCGGCUUCAGACGACGUGAGCAAGCUCAUGUACCAAGCACUGCUUGAGAUAGGGAAUGCUAUACGGGAGAGGUAGAAUAGGGAACCCUGCGGUUCACGACAUU